ACAUCCUCCAGGUUCGGAUCCCUUGGUCCAAGUUUUUUGAUAUUCCAAGCCUCAAUAGGAACAUCCCUGUCAUCGAAUAUGAGCAGUUUCUUGCAGAUUUAUGUGCUGCAAGGCUACGCAGAAGGGUGGAAAGAAGGAACAUGGGAAGAAAAAAUAGAUGAAAGGCCGUGCAUUGAUCAGCUGAUGUACUCCAAAGACAAACAUGGCUACUACAGGGGCUGGUUCUGGGGUUAUGAGGAAACACGAGGCCUAAAUGCCUCUUGCUUGUCUGUGCAAGGAUCUGCCUCUAUUGUGGCUCCCAUCCUUCUGAAGAACACCUCAGCACAGUCAGUGAUGUUAGACAGAGCUGAAAACCUUCUUCAUGACCACUACGGAGGGAAAGAUUAUUGGAAUACCCGUCGGAGCAUGGUGUUCGCUGAGCACCUCCGCAUGGUGGGAGACGAGUUCAGGAAGAAAUACCUUCAAUCCACUGAUGAGGCAGACAGGACUCAGUACAAGGAGGACUGGACGCAGAUGAAGGUUAAGAUGGCCACAGCUCUAGGUGGCCCAUACCUUGGGGUUCAUCUCAGAAGGAGAGACUUCAUUUGGGGUCACAGAGAAGAUGUGCCUUCCCUGCAAGGAGCAGUAAAGAAAAUCCGCAGCCUCUUGGAGAUGCUUAAACUUGAAAAAGUUUUUGUAGCCACUGAUGCUGUUGAGGAAGAGAUCGAACUGCUCAAGAAACUGCUGCCUGAGAUGGUGAGGUUUGAACCCUCUCUGGAAGAGCUGGAACUCUAUAAGGAUGGGGGCUUGGCUGUGAUUGACCAGUGGAUUUGUGCACAUGCAAGAUAUUUUAUAGGCACCUCAGUUUCAACAUUUUCCUUCCGAAUCCACGAGGAAAGGGAGAUCUUGGGAUUUGAUCCAAAAACAACUUACAAUCGAUUUUGUGGCGAAACGGAGAAAAACUGUGAGCAGCCAACUCACUGGAAGAUUGUAUAUUAAACACAGAGAAACACAAAGGUUUCAA